CGCGCUGUACUUGCUCUGAACGUGUUGCACGUCGCCCCUUCCCUGCCUACUGUCACUACGCGUGAUAGCGCGCUUUUCGCGACGCGUCUCACUUCGCUCACCCACAUAGCGGCCUCUUCCAGGCCCACACCUCUCUUCCACCAUUGACACCUUUCAUCAUGGCAGGGCCGUCUGAUGAAGCCGGUGAGGAUUCGACUCCCCUUUCGAGUCCUCCUCGCUCGUUCAACUAUGCCUUCCGCGAAGACUCCUAUUACACUGACGAUCAAUCUGACGGCUGUUUCGGAGGCGAUCAUGGUGCCACAAAUGCCUUCACAGACACUAAUGAAUCAGACACAGAUGAAGAAUUUGAGUCGGAUGGCCCUCACGAGCAGCACUGCACUCUCCACGUCGAUUCAUUAGCAACACACUGCAAUGCUCUGACACAGACUCGCCAGAAGUGCAGCCGCAAGGCCAAGGUCUUCACCACAGGCUUCUAUCCAGUAUGUGGAACCCACAACAGAUACUGGUCAAUGAAGAAAGCGGGCAAAUGCCAAGCUAUGGAGGAGUGUGGGCGGAUGUGUGGCCGACUCGCACCACAUUCGCCUCCAUACCACCUUUGCGUCAAACACGAGAAAGGGACCAGUACGCUCCCGUGCGGCAUUAUGGAACUUCCCACCGAACUACUUCUCAUGAUCUUUCGGUAUCUAUUUCCAAAGACCGUCGACAAGAAUGGUCUUUGCCGCCACACCGGAGCCGUCUUGAGUGUCAAUCGAACGUUCCACCUGGCAGCUUCCUCCAUUGUCUACAACGAGCUUGAGUUCGAGGCUCAUAUCGAUCGUUCUUACAUCAAGUUUCUUGGAAGGACCUGGAACACGAACGGUGAUGACAAGUACUCCGACAUCAACAAAGCUCUGUGUCAAGCAGGUGCACAGCGGAUUCGCAAGCUCUGUGUUGAUGUAAGAUUCGCAAUCAGCCACUUCAAAAUCAAGGGCAUUGGUUCGUUUGGUCUCAGCGCCGAAGACUACGAACUCUACCAGGUGCGGGACACUGUGCAAAAAUUCGUCGACAUGCUCUCGCCUGCAACAGAGGACCAGUCCGCCACCAACCAUUCAAGCCUCAAGCAGGUGGAAGUUCGACCAGCUCCUGGGCUUUCGUAUAACUGGCAAUCGGAUGAGGCUGUUGCUGCGAUAUUCUUCGUCGUGGAGCCGUUUGUGGCGCUGGGCCCGAUUGAAACUCCUGCACUCCUGCAUUGUCCUAGACCGGCAGCCUGGCAUAGUCGGAUUCAGUUGCUGGCGGAUACGAUUGGCAACAUUCAUAAGGACGAGGCAUAUCGCCGGCUUCGUAAGAUCUGGUUGAGAUUCAUGAGGGAUAAGCUGAGUACACCCAACCAUGUGCGACGAGGAGGGAAGUCGGAAAUUCUCAUCACCCGUGAGUAUAAAAAGAUCGAGGAGCUUCAAGCGCUUAUACACAAGCAUGAACUGGCCACAAAUACCAAGCACGGUUGGAUGUCAAGUUCUUUCCAGGGCAUAGAACGAGCUCUACAUAUCGCCCGCAUAAUCAACGCCAACGUCUGCAAUGGUGCUAGCGGAGACCUUGAGCGAAUGGGGCAAAUUCGCGAAGCUAUAACGAAGCGAUGGGUCAACGCGCACCGCCAGCAGCAGCGCUCAAUUUCUGCAAUUGCGACUUGCAUUAGCAGCAUGUACCACUCCAGCUCAGAAGACCCAACAAAGAGCUACCCAGAUGCUUUCGAAGUCGAGACGCUCGAUUUGAUUGAGACAAACAAGCCUGUCGAUGUGGCAUGGAGGGAGCUGGGUCAGCCAGAUAAUGCGCCUGGACUCAUGGAGCGUGGUGUGACAUACACCGAGGAUUCUUUCAGGAUCCAUAUUCGUAAGGGCGAUGAAGAGUGUACGCGACUGAAGACGCCAUCGAUGGUUCGCCAGUUGAGGAUGCUCAAGAGAAGGUGAGCAAGCAACAUGAUACAAGCCGUGCAGAUUGGUGAAGCAGGGGGAAUACAGAAGCGCUGAUUAGC